AUGCCGAUGGUCAGCCCGUACAUGUCGACGCAGAAGGCGGGCAAUCGGUGGUGGAUGUACCCCCUCUUCCCGAUCUGCGCGCUGGCCGCGCUGGUGUGCCGGUUGUUCGUGCGGGCAAGCAUAACCAUGCAGCGCUAUUCUUACAAGCACCUCGCGUGCGCCACAUGGUCAUUGCCGGUCCUCGCGUACAGCUACGCGAACCGCAAGGAGCGGCCCUACAUCAACACGCUGCUGCUGAAGGCCAUCCAGGAUGCGGAGAGGCAGGGCGCAACGCACGUGGGCCUCGGGGCCCUGAACAAGGCGGUGUUCCUGAACGGCGGUGGAGAGAGCCUCCUCCCACACUUGCCCCAGCACUCCAAGGUGAAAGUUGUCCACGGCAACACGCUCACCGCGGCCGUGGUCUACUCCCGGAUCCGCCAGUGCAUUAGCCCAGACCAGGAGAUCGUGUUCACUGGCGCGACCUCGAUGGUGGGCACGCCCGUCGUUCUCAGGUUGCUGCAGGAGGGCUUCAGGAUCCGCAUCGUGACGCGAUCUGCGGAGCGUUUCGCUGACCUCCGCCGCAAGGCGGGCGCUCACGGCGACAGACUGCUUCAGAUCGAGCGCUACGAGGAGGGGGCAGAUUGCCGCGCUUGGGUGCUAGGCACCUUCGCGACCCGACCGCUGGGGCACCUGGUGCCAGCAGGCACCACGUUCUACGAGUUCGGCGUGCCGGUCUCGAGCGCAGAGUUCCUGCAGCCGCACAGCGUGGUGAGCAUCGCCAGCAUGCGCGUGAACCGGCAGGUCUGCGACCUCACCUUCUGCCACGACCACAGCUCCGACCAGAUGCCUGCCUGCCUGGCGGCGACCAUCAUACACGGCCUUGAGGCCCUCGAGGAGCACGAGGUCGGGGAGGUUGACGUCGCGAGGAUGGACGGGUGGCUGCAGCUCGCCAGGAAGCACGGCUUCGAGCCGACCCCGCCCCAGGUGGGCGCUGGCCAGCCGCAUGGCCCGGUCUUCCCCAACCCGCAGGAGGGCCCCGGCUCCGCCAAGCGGCCCGCCGAGGAGGCGUUUACCUGCGAGUCGCGGAAGGCGGGCGGGGGCGAGCCGCCGGCCAAGCGCCCGCGGGGGAGGCACGCUUGGCGCGCGAAGGCGAUGGUGGCCGCGGCCUCGCAGACGGCGGCGUGA